UGCCACCAUUGCUAGAGCGGAAGAAACCGUGGCUGAAAAGAAAAUGAAAAAUGAAGAUGCAGCAAAGAUUUUCGAAUUUUUCUUAUGGCUCACAAAACUGAAAUCCAUCUUCUUCUUCAUAGCACUAGGAUUUGCGAUACACGCCCUCGCGAGACGUGGUCACACUUUGAUGAAAUUGAUAUUCUUAAUAAUCCUCUUUAAUUAUUGCAAUCGUAAUAGUUAAGGGUUAAUGAAUUGCAUCCUUCACUUUUUUCCGCAGUUUCUCUUUGCCACUGUCUUUUGCGAUGUUCUUAUUUGAUCUCUGACUCUACUUUGUCUUAAUCCACCUCUUCAUCAUGAUCGUAAUAGUCGUAAUAGCGACAAUCUACGCAGAUACGAUAGAAGAUAUCGGUUUUUAACAUAUUAGCAUCUAAUCUUCAAGGAGAAUGAGAACACAAAGUCAAAGAUGCACUCGUAUCAGAAGUCUCGCUUUCUUACAACCUUUGGUCUAGGGCGACAAAGACUGGAAAUUUGCUCUCCAACGAAUUGGGUUCUCGGUUAUGGCCAGCUUUUGUCCAUCUCACUCUCUCAGUAGAAGAAUGCAUGUGGGAAAGGGGCUCGGGAUGGGGGGACCGAAUUGAACGAUAGAGGAAACAUUGACUCCCCUUCGUACUUCGAAAAAUUCGAAAGCAGGGACUCCCCUGUCGUAGACGGGCUCUAAUUCGAAAGCGGGGACCCCCCUUUCGUAAAGAAACUGGGUAGCAUCUUCGACGGGGAUGUAAUGGAGAGAGGAG